AUGAGUGAUACCGAUCGGAUCGACGGUCUACUGGGUGAUCUACAGCGAUUGACUGAGGCAGGCCGUGAUCGCAUAUUGGGUUUUCUGCCGCAACAGGACCUCAUUGCGCUUCUCAAGGUCGCUCUUCGAGAACGAGACCAGGAUCGAGAAAACGUUGCCAUUCAGACUCAGUCGAAUCAAAACCCUCAUGCUGAGCCCACCGUACAUGUUGCACGCGAAGAGCCUAGCAAUGUGACCAAUCGAGCACACACCGCGGUGACUCUGCGGAACCAUAAACGACCCAGAACUGAUAGUUCUCCGACCGAAGUCGUCGGGAACAACUUGAACGCAGUGGCAGUCAAGCAAGAGCAUGAGACGAUUGAUCUUGUUAGUGACGACGAGUGGGAAAAUUCCAAUAUUGUUGUUCAGCCAAACAAUCCAAUAAAACGAGAGGAGUCUCCACCAGUACAACCUGGUGGCAGAGUUGGCAGUGUCUCGGCCCCAAAGAUAUCACCCGACCUUGAAAGGACACAGACCACUGAACCUCCAGAGGCACAAACUAGCUCUGGGAGUAGCAGUCGUAACAGCCUGGCCGCAUCAUCUCGUCAGUCCUCAGCAGUGCAAGAUGGUAUCGGAGGCAAUGGUUAUGGCAUGCUUCUACCAUCUCAUCCUGUUGGAGAAGGUUCGACACAAGCCCGUUUCGCCCAUACUACUGCAGCGGACUACCAUGGACAUCUCAAUCUACCUGUAUGCCUUCUUAUCCGGGGGGUUGAUGGGAAACAGGUCUACAAGACCUUUAUGGAACUACCAAACGACGUUCGACAAGACAUAGUACUUGAUCGUCUUCGGUCACAUAAAUGCAGCAUGGACAUCAACACCGACACCGAUGGCCUAGUGAAGGCUUUGCUGAGAUUGGACGAAGCGGACCGCGGCAAUAUUGUGGAACAUCUCCCUCCCAGAAAAGUGAAGAAUGCCUUCUUACUUCUCCUUCGCGAGAUAGCUGGACUUCCAAGUACGUCCGACAUUACCACUUUCGGUGGGCUUGCUAACACGAUCCUGCUUGUUGUAGUUCUGCAAGAGCAACCGCUCGCUUAUGAUCCACUGGCUAUGCAUCCUGUGUCCGCGCACGAACCGGUCUUUACAUCCAAUAAGCGGAGUAACUCUACAGCGAUAUCCAACAACUCGAAGCGAGCAAGAAUCGAUGCAACUGUAGCUCAGAACGCCAACCAGCCUGUGGCGCAAAUCAUAGUAAAGAAAGAGGAGGAUAUCAUCGAGAUCACUAGCGAGGCAAGAGAUGCGGAAGCCGAGACUGAUGUUCGAGCAAAAGCGGAAGAUCUACAAGAACCGGCAGACCUGGCAGUGUACUUGCGGAUUCCCAACUUGUCGGGCCCUGAUACGUUGAAAGAUAUGAACGACCUACCCAUCCCAGUCCGAGUCGAGCUUGAGCGACGUUUUAAAGAGAUGUGCUUGACCGGCAAGAAGAGGGCUAAAAGAUACGCAAAACUUACUCACGACCCGGCAAGAAGUGUGGAGAGAAGGUGCUGCAUUCAUAGUCGUCGCGAUGAGCCUGUCAGCGACCAGUAUAGUCAAGGCGGUGAGCCCAGAAGGACUGCGGAUGACGCAUGCAUUCACCACCGCCGACCUUGCGCUUACGUUACUACACACGAAGACAAGUACAUCAUCUACCUGGUGCCUUUACCUGAAGGUCUCCGAAAGAGCACGGACUGGAAACAGAUUGAUUAUUGGGUAAAGCCACUAUGCACUGCAGUUCAAGACUAUGUGGAGGGAUUGGAAGAGACUAGAAAGACUCCCUAUUACUUAAGAUCGCAGAGAAGGAUCUAA